GCCUCCUGGACAAGGCUCUCCUGGGCAGGUUGCUGGUCCGAGGCCAAGGGGAGGGCCGUAGCAGGGACCGGGGCAGCCUUUGUCCCAGGAGCGGGCUCCGCACUCCAAGUACACAGUGACACGGGCAAGCGUCGGAGCCGGGAGCAGCCGGGGUUGGAGGAGGAAUGGACUACAAAGCCAAGGUCCUUGCAGGUCUGCUGGCAGCCACUUGUGUCUUCAGCUUCAUUGCCCUCAUUCUGAGCAUCGUGAACGUGAAGGACGUGAUUCUGCCUCCCAGCACCAAGUAUGGGAUGGUGUUUGACGCUGGCUCCACGCACACGACUCUCUACAUCUACCAGUGGCCUGCGGACAAGGAGAAUGGCACCGGCAUCGUGUCCCAGGUGGAGGCCUGCACCGUGGCCGGACCCGGCAUCUCCAGCUAUGCUGACGACCCCGCCGGGGCUGGAGCCAGCCUGAAGCCCUGCCUGGACAAGGCCAUGGAGAUCAUCCCGGCAGAGCAGCAGCGGGAGACCCCCACCUACCUGGGGGCCACAGCGGGCAUGCGGCUGCUGAGGGAGCAGAACAGCACCAAGGCCCAGCAGGUCUUUGCCGAGGUGGCCAAGGCCAUUGGCGAGUACCCGGUGGAGUUCCGCGGAGCUCAGGUCCUGACGGGGAAUGAGGAGGGCUCCUUCAGCUGGAUCAGCGUCAACUACCUGCUGGAGACGCUCGUCAAGUAUUCCUUUGCAGAGAAAUGGGAACAUCCGCAGGACGCGGAGGUUCUUGGCGCUCUGGACCUUGGAGGUGCCUCAACACAAAUAACCUUCCAGCCUGGAGUCGCCAUUGAGGACGAGAACACCUCUGUCUUCUUCAGGCUGUACGGCACCAACUACUCGCUCUACACCCACAGCUACCUCUGCUAUGGGCAGACACAGGCCUUGAAGAGGCUGCUGGCAGCUCUCCACCAGGCCAGCCCGUCCACCGCGCAGAUCUCACACCCCUGCUACCCCAGGGGAUACGAGGAGAACAUCACCACAGCAGAGCUCUACGACAGCCCCUGUGUGCGUGCCCCGAGCACCCCCAGUGCUGCCCAGCUCCUCAGGGUGACGGGGACAGGGGAGCCAGCAGCGUGCAGCGCCGCCGUCCAGGAGCUCUUCAACCUCAGCUGUGGGGCCAACAGCACGUGCGGGUUCAACGGGGUCUAUCAGCCGCCCGUGCGGGGACAGUUCUUUGCCUUUGCUGGGUUCUACUACACCUUCCACUUCCUGAACCUGACCAGCCAGCAGUCUCUAAAGGACGUCAACUCCACGGUCCAGGCCUUCUGCAAGAAGGACUGGGCAGAGCUGGUGGAGACCUUCCCACAGGACAAGGAAUAUCUACACAACUACUGCUCCACGGCCAUUUACAUCUUGACACUGCUGCUCGACGGCUACAAGUUCAGUGAGCACACGUGGAGCAGCAUCCACUUCAGGCAGCAGGCAGCAAACACAGACAUCGGAUGGACGCUGGGCUUCAUGCUGAACCUCACCAACAUGAUCCCCACGGAGGCUCUGGGUCACGUCAAAGGGCACCAGCCCAGUCUGUGGGCAGGUGCUGUCUCCUGCAUUGUGCUGGCCAUCGUGGCAGGCCUGGUGGCCGGGUUCCUCCAGUGUUUCUGCAAAACCAAGUAGCUCCCAGCCUGCUGACUAGAGGCAUCCUGCCCACUAAAGCAGGCAGGGACGUGCUGCAAAAGGUGGAAGGGGGAGAAGAAAGAGGGCAUUAGACCCAUCUCCAUUGUUCAGGAGGUCUAACUGAGUCAUCUCUAUGAAGAUGUUGAAGAUGACAAUGCUGUCUUGAGCUCUCCGAGUACCUCCAAGAGGAAAGGACUCCUUCAAUCUGGCUGAUAAAAGCUGACAGAGACUUGGUGGCUGGAUGAAGCCAGAUCAAUCCAAACUAGAAAUAAAAUCCAUUUUGUUUUUCAAAUA